AUGUCCACAACAGAAGUAGAUAUGAACGGCUCUCCUACAGAUCGAUCCAAGCGACCUCGUCUCGAAGACGGUGAUUGGGAUUCUGACUACGAGCGCGAUGGCCAAGACGAUCGUCACCCAAAACGUCAAGCCGUUCCCGAUCCUGAAACUAAAGCACCUCACUUUGCCGGUGCCACAGAGCCUGACUCGGACACCACAGGCAGACACGAAAGCAACGGUGCGGCUGCUUCAUCUGCUGCUUCCGCCUCUGCUACUGGCGCUGCAGGAGCAUCCAACAACAACAACAAUGCCACACAAUCGGCUGGUGCUAACAAUGGUAGCGGCACUGGACGAUCCCGACGGAAGAAGUGGGAAGAAGGUGGCUCUCAAGAUUCGGACGAUAACGAGGAUGACGAGGUUCAGAUUCUGCUUGACAGCAACGGCGAGUCAAAGGGCGCGAACGGUCCAGAUGGCGCUGCUGCUGCGAACAACACCGGAGCCCAAGUGGCCGCUGCAGCAUCGACUUCAGCAUCAGCAGUCCAUUACGAUGCAGCUGGCUCGGACGCACAGUCGUUGGCUUCGUUUCCACCAGGCGUUCCCUCAGUAUCGAUUCGAUCGUUGGUCAGCACCAAGGAUGCCGGCGUGAUCAUUGGUCGUGGUGGUAAAAACGUGAGCGAAAUUCGUGAAAUGUCUGCUGCUCGGGUGACCAUCUCGGAUAUCAUUCCUAUGGCUUAUGAACGUAUCCUGACCGUCACUGGUCCUGUGAAUGCUGUUGCAAAGGCCUAUGCACUUGUGGCACAAAAGAUUCUCUUGGAAAUGCCAAAUCCUGACGAGGGUCAAGACCAAUCGUUGACGAUCCGACUUCUUGUAGCAGACCAACGUAUGGGUACAUUGAUUGGCCGUGGCGGCAGCGUUAUACGGUCUAUCCAAGAACACAGCCACGCACGUGUCAACGCGUCCGAGGAGCCGUUGCCCUUGUCGACCGAACGUACGGUGACCAUUGUGGGCACAACCGAUGCUGUCCAAUCCGCCAUCCAGCAAAUCAGCGAGAUCUUGGCCGAACACCCGGAACGCGUGAACGCAAGCUCGACUGUCCAGUAUCGUCCGCAGCCUCAGGGGACAAACAUGUCAACUCGAAGCUAUCAUGGCGGCAUGGGUGGUAGUACCCGGUCGAGCUCAGCAGGAGUUAGCGGAGGAGCGAAUGCUGUAGCAGCAGCGGCCUCGUCAAUGAACCCCUAUGGAGCAGCCAUGAUGGGACACAUGGGAGGCAUGCCGAUGAGCGGAGCCAACCCUCAAUUUUAUUACCAGGCUGCCGCUGCUGCUGCUGCUGCAGGUGCUUACGGAGGUAUGCCAAGUUCGUCGAGCCGACAAGGCGAUUAUGGCAUGGCUGGUAUGGUGGCCAGUUCGCAAGCUCAACAGAUUUUCAUUCCAAACGAAAUGGUCGGUUGUAUUAUUGGCAAGGGUGGCAGUAAGAUCAAUGAGAUUCGACAGUUGAGUGGAAGUCAUAUCAAGAUUGCGGAUCCUCAUGGUAAUACGAACGAGCGCUUGGUCACCAUCACUGGCACGCCGGAAAGCAACCAAAUGGCCCUCUAUCUCUUGUAUUCUCGCUUGGAAAGUGAAAAGGGUCGCUUGGGCUUGCGCUAG